GUUAGUUCCCCGAGCAAUCGAGUUGUGUUCCCGACUUCCCGGCGAUCGAUCGAUCUAGGUGAGCAUCAUGGUUUCCGCCGACGUGGCCCGCAACAUCGUCGGCAUCACAGGCAAUGUCAUCUCCUUCGGCCUCUUCCUCUCCCCUGUGCCGACGUUCUGGCGGAUCUACAAGGCCAAGGACGUGGAGGAGUUCAAGCCGGACCCCUACCUGGCGACGCUCAUGAACUGCCUGCUCUGGUUCUUUUACGGGCUCCCCAUCGUCCACCCCAACAGCACCCUCGUCCUCACCAUCAACGGCAUCGGUCUCGUCAUCGAGAGCGCCUACAUCAUCAUCUUCAUCAUCUACGCGGCCAAGAACACAAGGUGGAAGAUGCUGGGCGUGCUCGCCCUCGAGGCGGUGUUCGUGGCUGCCGUGGUGGCCGGUGUGCUCCUCGGUGCCCACACCCAUGAGAAGCGCUCCAUGAUCGUAGGCAUCCUCUGCGUCAUCUUCGGCUCCAUCAUGUACGCCUCCCCGCUCACCAUCAUGGGUAAAGUGAUCAGGACCAAGAGUGUGGAGUACAUGCCAUUCUUCCUGUCGCUGGUGAACUUCCUCAAUGGCUGCUGCUGGACGGCCUAUGCGCUUAUCAAGUUUGACAUCUACAUCACGAUCCCCAAUGCCCUCGGUACAAUCUUUGGUCUCAUCCAGCUGAUCAUGUACUUCUACUACUACAGAUCUACCCCCAAGAAGGGCAAGAAUGUUGAACUGCCCACUGUCCUCACCAAAAACGCCGUUACUAGCGGCAUCGUCUCCGUCACCAUAGAGAAAUAAACGUGGCUUCGUUUUUUAGCCCUAAUGAUUUUGAGUUGUUAAUACCGGAUGAUACUUCAGCAACAAGUUGAUGUUAAUUAGUACUACUUUUCGUUAGCUAGUAGAGUCUGAGAUCGCCUUUAAUUUCGUGAACCAUUGUCGUCUGUCCGAGACUACUAGUGCAAAUUACAAGUGUAUAUAAAUACCAAUCCAGCUGAGUUAUCCCACAGAUAU